GAGGUCGGCGCUGCUCGCGGGGCUCCGGCGGCCCUUCCAGGGUGAACCUGCCUGGCUGGAGUGGAAGGAAGGGGGCCUCUCCUGAGGCUGAGAUGGCGCUCUCCCGUCCGCCGGGGGGCCAGCGGCUGAGUCACCUGCGCAGCAUAGGCUCCUGGGCUCCGGUGCCCGGCGUCAGUCCGGUUAUCCACUUUUCCAAGGCCGUCACCCUCUUUGGCCGUAACACCCGGGUAGUGGACUGCCACCUCAACUUGCCUGCCACAGACCUCAGUUACAUCUCCCGUAUCCACGCGCGGAUAAUCCGGACAGACGGCGAAUACAUUCUGGUGGAUUCCAGCCUGACGGGCGUGUAUGUCAACGACAUCCGCAUCCAAGGCAGAGUAAAUUUGCGCGAAGGAGAUACAGUCACUUUUGGCCAUCCGGAUGGGACAAACAUCCUCCUGGGAAGCUACACACGGCAGCCAAAUUCUCCCUUUUAUUUUCUGUUUGAGCAUUGCGAUUGCUCUCCUGGCCAGAUGCGGAGCGUUUAUGCAGACGGGAGAGAUUUCCCCCAACCGUUGAAAGGUCCCGACUUGGUUUCUGCAGGAGUUUCACCUCCAGGCAACCCGAACUUGGCACUUGCGGGCAACGUUUCUCCUCCUCAGAUGGCACUAGCAGGGGUGCUGCCAGGCCGGGCCCCUCUGGUAAACUCUACCACACAGCAUGGCCCCCAGGAUGCUCCGGCCCCACCACCAAGCCCAGCGCUUUCCUCCUCUUCCCCACGUACGUCUGAGAAGGCAUCCGAGAAAAGCAGCUUUCCUUCCUCACCUUGUCCUCCAUUAAGUGCUCCGAGCAGACGGGCCUCCCAAGUUCUCCGUUCCGCUUCACCAGAUUACAUACUUCCCGACGAGAACUCUUUUGCGGCCACUGGGUCUCCUCCUCCUCAGGAAAGUCCAGAAUCCGGCGACUCCGUUUCUCUCUGCAGCAGUGAGAGUACCGUGGAGUGUGACACGCCUCCUCCGCAAGGGUGGCCUCCACACGAGGCUGCCGGAAGUGAUCCCGAGGGAGGCUGCGUGCCUCCGCUCCUUCCCGGCCCCACCUGUUCAGAGGCAUCCGAAGCGGCUGAUCGUGAUGGCUCCCCCAAAGCAGCAGAGGCCUCUGGACCCUGGGAGGAAACGCUGCAGCUCACGCCCGUCUUUCCCACGGAGACGGAAGGCGAGUCUGGUUGUGCUCAGUCUGUUUCUGGCCCAGAGUCUCCAGCUCUUAGCGAAGCGGGUGAGGAACAGACCCAGGUGGAUCUUUGCCCAAGCAUGGAAGAAACCGCUUGUCUGGGGGAAUCGUUUGCUUCAGAGCCAGAGAGCCCAGUGGAAGAAAUGGAAGUGGCUGAACUGGCCGGGAGCCGUGCUCAGGUAAGAAGGGGCUCCGUGGAGGAGCGCGAAGAGAACCUGAUGGAGAAGCACCCAGCGGAGGCAGAGGGAGCGGAAAGCGGGCCAGUCGGUCCCUCUGCGGAAAGCCAGGUUUCUGAGGUGGGACACAUUCAGCAACAUGACUCCGCCAAGAGAACGGCUGAGAUCCAUUUUCCUCCUGGGGAAGAGCCGAUGAGCGAUUCUUCCACCCAAAUCUUGAGCCAGGAGACACUGGACUCUGAGAGGAGAAGCCCACUUUUGCCUUCAAGGCAUUCAUCGCGUGGUGGUGUGGACCCCGCGGUGGCUUCUCCGCAAAAGGCUGCAGCCAGUGAAGCGGUGGAAAUGGAACCUCCGACAGGUGAGGCCUUAGAAGGCCCGGAUGGCCAUCUUGGUGGUAGAGAACUUGAGCCAGCGAUGGGUUCUGCGAUUCCAGCAGAGGCCGAAGGCGUUUGCGAGAAGGCCAGCAUGGGGGACCUUUGUGCAGAAAUGGGAAGGCAGACUGAUGGAGAGAUGGAAGUAGCCGCAGCAGAGUCUUUCAAGGCACUGGGUGCAAGCCAGGAGCCGGGCGCCGAGGGCGCUGACUCCAAGGCCUGGGAGGCCAGGGCGAUGCUGGUGCAGAAACAGCCAGAGACCCCGGUCCUUGGCGAGCAGUCCAAGGGCAGGUUCUACCAAGGAGAUAAGCCCAAGGACUGGAGGGGAGCUUCCGACACAGCAGACGGAAACCUCCAUUCCAAAGACCUGCCGGAGCCUCGUGAAGGAGCAGGAGGAGGGGCUCUUGGAACGGAAUUGCUGCAAGCAAGGCCCCUUGUGGUGAGCGGAAACAAGGUGCUCGCAGGGGCCUCGGAAACUUCAGCUCCCGAACCUCCCGAGAAUUUGGGCGAAGUGGUUUCUGAGCAAGGCCUCUUCCAGAGCACCAGGAUCCUCUUUGAAGAUCAAGCGGGGGAAGGGUCUGUGAUGGAGGGAAAACGGGAACCUGAGACCCCCAGAAGUGCCGAGUCCAGCAACAACUCGAGUGAGGUGGCGGCUGAUUCCAGGCUACAGGAUGGAGCUGAGGCGAGUGGAAGCCACGAUCCUUCCCUGGGAGUGACUGGUGUUCCCGUGGUUGGGCUCUCUGGAGGGGGACCACCCGGUUACAAAAGCGGCAGUGAGAGGCGACUCCAGGGUGACUCCAAGGAUCCACCCAGGGAGGAAGAAUCGGAGUGGAGGAGAAGCACCGUCAGCACCUCAGCAGCAGCAGCCGCCGCCGCCAACGAAGAUGCAGCCGAGCAGCACCGAGAGGCUGAGGGUGGCCUGGAGAAAGACCCCACGUGCCUUGUAGGGCAGGAGGGAGCGGAGGGCUCUUCGGCUGCUGCUGCUGCGGAUGCCUCCCUCGCGAGAAGCCCCAGCCCAGAGCAGUCCUUUUGGGGCUCGGCAGGUAGAAAAGGUGAUUCCUCUGGAGGGGGCCUUGAAGAGGGGAGAAUUCCCCACUUAGGUGACUGUUCACUUGCGGGCACACAACUACCUUCUUCGAACAGCCAACAUGAAGCAGCAGAGAGAUCGGUGUCUGAGAGUAGCCACCUUUCGAGUUGUCAGUAUGUCACCAAGGAUGAACGGUUUACAGGUCUGAGUGAAGAAGGCAGAGUGAAGACCAUCAUGGGAGAGGAGGAGGAGGAGGAGGAAGGAGAGGCAAGUCCUGUGGCAAACGCUCCUUCGGCUGUCACCAAGCGGGGUUUGGAUCCAAGUCCCAGGCAGGUGGGGGCGUUGAGUGGGCCUUGUAGUGCCUUCUCCAGCGGUUCUUCCUGUGUGAUGAAUCAACGUCUUGUAAAGGCUGAUCUCCAAGAACUGAAGCCUGACACUGUGGAGCCUGAGAGGCUGGAAACUUGUUUGGAAGGGGCAUCCCAAGGAGCCGACGACGUUGGGGGAACAUUGCUUCGUCUGGAAGACCCUCUGAUCCGAGACAGAGCUUCGGAGGAACCAGAAGCCCCUGUUGAACGGAUCAGCCUGCCUGUUCCAGGAGAACCUGGGCCAGAUGUCCUCCUUCCUGAGGAGCGGGGUGGUUCUGCCCAGAUUGCUGAGGCAGGAGGCAGCCCUGGGCUCCCCCUUCCAGGCCUUGGCCUGCUACAGCCUGGGGAUGUUGCUGUCAACCUCCCGGUGGAGCCAACGGACGACUCUGAUGGGGAUAAUGGGCUCCGUGGGCAGGUUCCUGCGCCUGAAGCGGAAAAAGGAGAGCCGGCCCAGUUCGGUCCUUCCAAGACGGGUGAUCUUCACGGAGGAAGGGACGCCUCCCCGUUCGACCCAGCGGAACAGGCAGCUAAUGCGACCGAGAGCAGGGAAGCCUUUAGGGAACCGACUGAGGAAUCAGCCACCGGAAGACCAGCUGACCUGGCCGUGCCAGAGACCAGGGCUGGGCCACCGAAGGGCGCGGAGAUGAGCCCGGAGGGCCAACCCUCCUCCCGUUGCGACCAAGGCAGUCCUGGAAAGGGGGCUGCGUCUUCCACCACAGGGACAGAGGCCGAGGAGCCCCCCCGUUCAGGAAAGAGCCGGAAAAGAGCAUCCGAAGCACCGGUGGGAGCAGGUGGGGAGGAGAUGGAGCCGGAUCCUGUCCACCUGGCCGGUCAGCCUGAAAAGCCCCCUUUGGACUCCGCUUCAGAACCAGCAGAAGACGGCAGGGUUGCCUGGAAGGGCUUCCCCGAAGAGGCCAGUCGGGACUUGGUCCAAGGGAGCCGGCCUGUGGCUGGCAGGCUUCCGGGGCCGCCAGGCACGGUAACUGUGGCUUCACCUCUUGGAGAAGCCGUUAAAGGGCCUCUGGCAAGAGAGGCGUCCAGCAGUCCCCAGUCAGGGAAAGGUGGAUAUGCUCAGAAGGCCCGGAUGGUGCCUGAGGACGCCAACAGGCUGCUGGCCCCAGAAAGUGCCUGCCGGCUGGGCAAGGACCCAGAGGCCUCUGCAGGGCACAGAGGAGGCUUCGGGUGCUCGGAGCCCUGCGAAGAAGAGAAGCCAAACCGCUCUCCGCCUAGGAAAAGGCCUCCAAAUGGGGACUUGGAUUGGGAAGGCGCUGCCUGUCACCCAAAGAAGCUCUGCCGGGAGGACUUUGCUUCUGUUCGGGGCCCUGGGAGUGACCCAGCGGCUCCUCCUGUGGCGCCUCCUCCUCCUCAUCUGAAGGAGAGCGUCGAGCAAUUUGGCAAAACAAUAGAGAAUUUCCUGGAUCAGUGCAGAAACCGAGUCCCUCUGUGCUCCGACCCCACGGAACGAAGCGGAGAAGCUCUUGCUCGGAUAGUGAGAAAUUACUUCAAAAGCAACAUUGACUCCCAUGCACCUGAAAGGGCGGGGGCAGCCGAAGAAGCCCCGCCUUCAGAAACUGCAGCCGCGAAGGGGAUCGACGGCCAGGCGGAAGGGAGGGGCGCAGGAGGCCCCAGGGAAAGCCCCGGCGGUGAUGGGCCCGGCUCACCCAAAGGGGAGGAAGCGGAGGCUGCCCACAUCUCUGAAGGUGCACCCGUGUCCCCUGGAGGCCGGCCAGCCGCGUCCGGCUCCUCCACCAAGGAGGAGGAGAGCAAAGGCUCGGGGGCCCCCGGGCAGGAAGGCUUCUACUACUUUGAGGAGGAGCCCUUCUCCAUGGAGGUGGGCUCAGCGCUGGGGGACGCGGGCAGCAGCUCUCCUGCCGAGUCGCCACAUGCAGCGCUGGGGGAGGGGCCUUGGGAAGAGGAGUGGGACACCCCUUCCUCCUUGGACAUCACCGCCAGUUCCCAAAGCUACGAACCUUCUCCCAGUCCACACUGGAGCAAUUUGGACCAAGCGCUGGACAGCUGCUCCGAAGGCUCUGGCUCCCUCUCGGAAGCCGACUGGUACUAUGGCUCCGAUGAACACCCGGAGAUACUUCUGGACGUGGCCGUGCCGUGGCCGGAAGACAGCCCGGCUGCCGCAAGGGACCCCCGGCCGGAGUUCAGUCCGCUUGAGCAGGAGGCUCCCGGCAAUCGGCUGCAGCGUGGAGAUCCGGGCGGAGGAAGUGGGCCUGGUGGCUCUGCAUGCCAAGAGGAUCCUGGGAGCCCCCCGGAGAAGGCAGCUGAGGCCAGUCGGAGGGGGGUGCCGGCCCAAGGCAGCCCUGGAGGCUCUCCUGACCCAGGCCGUAUGGAAAGUGCCCCGAGGGAGCCCUCCCCACCGCCGUCCCCGGGGGGAUCCAGCAGCAAAACCUUCCUGCAGCCAAGCGUGGGGCGUUGGGACCCCCCCCUGAAAACGGAGCCGAGCGACGGAGAACCUGAUGACCAAGACUGCAGGCAAAAGGAGCCCCCUCCCCCCUCGGGAAGAGCCCCGGGGGCCUCUGCACUGGCGGGGGGCAGCCCUGGGGAGGGUCCUUCCUGCCCUCCCCCUGGCCCGGCUCCUGCCGAGGGCUCCACUGGGCCCCUGGUGAAGGAAGAGCCCAUGCAGGAAGACGAGCCACCGCCGCCACUGCCACCUGUGGGGGCCGCGUCCUCCCCCCUCUCCCCUCUCUGCCCCUCCCAGGCUGGCGAGAGGGGCUCCCCUCCGGGGAAGGACCUUUGCGGGCCUGAGCUGCCUGGGGUGGGGCAGGCUGGCCCCCACCAGGCCUCCCAGGAAGCCCCGGGGAUCCCGGGCACAUCGGGCUGCUUCCCAGGGGACCCAGGAGCUCGCGGUGCCAUGCCCUGGCGGGGUGAUGGGUCCCCCCUGGCACGGAGUCCCUUGGCAGACCCCGGGCUCCGCUCUCAAGGCUUCCAGGAAGCGAAGAAGCAGCCCUGGCCCCCCCUCUCGUAUCCCGCAUCCUCUUCUCCGCUGCCUCCCUCUGUCUGCCGGCAUUCGCACGACCCCAAGACCUCGGCAGACGAGCAGCCCGAAGGACCUUGGCCCCCGGCGGACUUCGGAGGGCGAGAGCCUGGCGCCCCCUGCCAGUCGGAGGAGGCUGGGCUGGGCGAGCCUUCGGAUGCAGAGUGCCUGCACGUGGCCGCCGCCUUCUCGUCUCCUGCACCCCCCGAGGCCGAGGAAAGGGCCCCCCUCCCCAGAGACCCUCCUGCUCAGACCGAGUCCCACAGCCGCUGCCUCCGUGGAAGAGCGGAGGGCCGCAGCCUGGCCGAGUGGGCGUCCUCCGAGCAAGACGUGGCCUUCCAGCUGCAGGAGUGCCAGUCGGUGCUGGCAGAAAUCCUCCAGGCCCUGACUGCGGUGGAAGGCCUUGACCAGGCCCACGUGGAGAAGUGGAGGGACCAGAUUGCUGCCCUCCAGACGGCGACCAAGAUGCCCCAGACCCACAUAGCCGUGGUGGGGAACACGGGGGCCGGCAAGAGCUGCUUGCUCAACGCCCUGCUGGACGAGGAGGCCAUGCUGCCCACCUCGGCCAUGAGAGCCUGCACCGCGGUGGUCGUGGAGAUCUCCAGGGCCGCAGGGGGCAGCCCGUACGAAGCCGAGGUGGAGUUCCUCUCCCGGGAGGAGUGGGAGCAGGAGCUGGCGGCCCUCCUGGAGGACAUGAAAGACAAAGCCGGCAUCCUGAGGAAGCGCUGCCCGGAUCGCAAGACGGAAGCCGGGGCUGCCUACAGCCGGGUAAAGGCCGUCUACGGGAGAGUGGACGAGCUGGACAAGCUGGAGGACCCUCUGGGGGUGACCCAACACCUCGGGACGGUCAAGCACAUUUCUGCCGAGACGGCUGCCGACUUCCGCGUGGAAAUCGAGAAGUUCAUCGAUUCUCGUACCGACAACUUGCGUGAGAUGAAAGGCGGGGAGUUCUGGCCCAUCGUGAAGUGUGUGAGGAUCCGGGUGGCCACGGCUGAGGUCCUGAGGACGGGAGCGGUGCUGGUGGACCUGCCUGGGACCCGGGACUCCAACGCGGCUCGGGACACGAUGGCCCGAGAGUACCUGAAGGACUGCAGUGCCGUGUGGGUGACUGCCAGCAUCACGCGAGCCGUGGACGACAAGACGGCCAAAGAGCUGCUGAGUGCCAACUUCCGCCGGCAGCUGUUUAUGGACGGCCUCUAUGGGAGCCUGGCCUUCGUCUGCACCAAGACGGACAGCUUCAGCAUCAGUGACAUCAUCAGGGACCUCCACUUACAAGACCAGAUCCGUCCCCUGGAAGAGGAGCUGCAAGAGUUGGAGCAUCAGAGAACUCAGGCAGAGGCGGAGAAGAAGCACCUUUAUGGUCAGCUGCAGCCGCAACAGCCAGUGAGGAAGGAAAGUGCCGCCGCAGAGUCCGUCUGUCUUCAGAGACAUGACAUCUUGGAGAAGGAGUUCCAAAUCUCUUCCUUGCAGCGCGAGAAGGAGGCCAGGCUCCGGGCCAUCAGCCUGAUCUGCGUCCAGGCCCGGAACGAGUUUUCCAAGCAGCGGAUUUUGAUGGACUUCAGUGCUGGCCUGCAGGAAGUGUCCAGGAGAGCGGAGGGCGAAGAAGACGGCGAAGAAGACGGGGACGAGGGUGACUCGGCUGGAGAGCAGCAGCCUGUCAAUCUGGAGGUUUUCACGGUCAGCUCGACGGAGUAUCUCAAACUUGGAGGGAAGCUGCUCUGCAAUGGCCAGCCUCAGGUUUUCCAUGACAUCAAAGACACAGAGAUUCCUGCGCUGAAGAAGUUCGCCAUGGACACAGCGCUGAAGCACAGCAUGGUGGCAACCGAGAAGGUCAUCCGGGACGUGGCUCGUGUCCUAAGCCAAAUGGUGAAUUACCUCAACAGCCAGAGGACAGAGGCUGAUGCCCACCAGGCCCAGGUGCAGGAGAUGCUGCAGCAGGCCUUGCAGGGCCUCCCUGCCCUCCUCCAGGGGGUCCUCAGGGCCAGCGCUCAGGACGUCCGGCGGGCCUUCGAGACCCUCCUGGGCAGCCUGCAGAAUGGCGCUGAGAGGGCCAAGCAGCUCUCCGAGGCCAUCGCCAAAGGCUGGGGCUCGCCGGUGGUGGGCUACCCCCACGGGGCCUAUCGGGCGAUCUGCAACCACCGUGGCGUUUACACCUCUCCCAAGUACCAGUCUGUGGAUUUCAACAAAGAGCUGGCCGAGCCCAUCCUCCAGGUCAUCUACGUGGCCUGGAACGAGGUCUUCAGCUCCUGGCUGACCAGCUGCAUCGAGGGCUUCACAGCUGCCCUCCUGGACCAGUUGAGCUCCUUCUUCAGGGGCCUCAAGAAGCAGCUGCACCAGCACCGCCCGGUUGCUGAAGCCCUGCGUGCGAUUCACGCCCAGCAGAUGGAAGCCGCUCGAGCACGGUUGCUCAACUUCACCCUGGAUCAGAUGAACUCCAUCACGAGGAAGCAGCGGACGGUCUCCCGGCUCUUGAUCCCGACGGUUCAGGCCGCCAUGGAACCGGCCUAUGCAGCCUGCUCCCAACUCUCCGGCCGGGGAUAUUUCCAGAGGAUGAAAGAGCAGAUGGAGACAUUUGUCCACCUGCAGAAGGACGCCAUCUUCGACUCCGCCGUGGAGAAGAUGUGGCGGCAGCUGGAGCUUUUCCAGCUGUCCAUCCACCACAGCCUGCAGUCGGUGGCCCAGGACCUGGCCACGUCCAUCCAGAUGCAGUUCGAGCCGCUGCUGAGGCCGGUCCAGAAAAACAAGGGGAUCCUUCCAGAAUUGCAGCGUCUCUGUGCUAAGGUGGACAAGAUCUGCCAGCGCUCGGGCGUGGACUACGUGCUUCCCACGGCUCUGCAGCCAGAGGAGCAGCCUCCCAAAACAGAGGCCAAACUGCCAGGAAGUGGGGAUUGCAUCAGCUUUCCGGCCGCAUCCAUGGAUGUCCGAGUCGGAGCCCUCCCUCUGCCCCACCUGGCGGCCAUUCAGGUAUCCAGGGAGCACAUCACCUUGACUCUGGCAGGUGAGCCCACCCAGGCGUCCCUCCCCCUUGGGAGCGUUUACCGCUGCGAAGUCUGCCUGCCCCUGGGCUGCCUGUUCCUGCACGUCUCUGCAAAAGCCGCCUGGGAAGUUGGCGUCCAGUGUAGAGUCCGUUUGCCCAGCCCAGGGCUGGGCAGCCAGGAGGCCCUGGUCAUCCGGGAAGCGACCCAGGACGAGAGGCAGCUUCCCCAGCUCUGGGACUGCCUGGCAGCCAGGCUCAGCGCGGCCACCCGGGUGCAGGAGCUCAGCCCCCAGCAAGGAAGGGAGAAGCUGCUGUCGCUGGGAGUCCCCUACCUGGGCCAGCAGAGCUUGGAAAGUGCGGACCCUGCCGGACCCCAGGGGUCUUCUGCUCCUGAGCCCGUCGCAGCCGUUGGCACGGCUGGGCAGCAGCCACGCCCCCUCCUCCUUCCCUGGCACCCCCAUGGCAGAAAGCGGGCCGGGGAGGCAGUCCUGCCGCAGCUGGAGAAGAAGUCCAAGGUCCUCCCUGGGGAGCCUGCCGGCUACGCUUGGCUGCCGUGCAGCCAGAGUGCAGGUGUGAAGCCCACGUCCUACUCCGCAGCCCUCCUGGGGAGCCACAGCCCAGAAGGAGCCUUCCGUCCAGGCAGCCCGCCGUGUCCGAUGGCCGAGACCCCUGGCGGUGAGCCACUGGCGGUGCCCUGUGCUGCAGGCCUCCUCUGGGCCGGAGCCCACCAGGGAGGAUGCAGGAAGCCUCCAAGCGUCACCGUGAAGGAAGAAGAGGCGGAUCUCCCACCUGAGAAGACUCGGCCCCGUUUGCUUUGAGACGGAGCUCUUCGGGACAGCGUGGCCUUCGUUCCUCUCCUCCUCUUCCUCUUUCCUCUUCGGAGCUUCGGCCUUGAAAUGCAGCUCUUGAAGGAGGGCGCCAAAGUCGGGGGACCAUCCCCAUCGCCGGGAGCUUAACGGGGCAGAGCUAGAAACGGGUGGCAUUGGGGGCGGAAUCGCCUGGCGAUGGUUACAAGCAAGGGAAGAGGCCUUCGAAGCCCCCCCGCCCCCCUCCUGCCCACAGCUGCUGAAGGAGGAGGGGAAACACUAACCAUCGCUGGGCAGCCUUCUGCGGAAUAGUCCGUUCCAUGGAAUUCUCUACACUUCUGGGAAUUCUCUAGGCAAAGCUGGCUGGGGAAUUCUGGGAGUU